UCGUUUUAUUUGUGAUUCUAUUACACUUAACGUAGAAAAUAAGAAUAUUUUUCACAUGAGCAUAUCAUUCGAAACUUCUUGAUCUUCAUUAAUUAUUGGCUCAUCCUUUUAAAAAAUUAGAAAAUAAGAAAGCAUUGGAAAAAUUAAGAAGAAUGGCAAGCAUUAUAAGCAAGGGAUAAAAUCUCACGUAAAAAUAUUUGUGUACAUAGUAUGUUUGAAAAAGUUGUUUCUUACUACUUUUUGCAACUUUUUUUGGUACAACAUAUUUCGAUAAGUUGGCACCAGAUGGCGCUAUAGAUAUAAAAUGCCAAGAAAAUGUGAAAAAACUUAAUUACAGUUUAAACUAUAAGGUUUAGCUGCAUGGUGUGUUUGGAGAAGUUGUUCCCUUAUGCAUGCUGCAACUUUUUCUCAUAUAGUGUUUUUCAGUACAUUGACACCAGAGGGCGCUAGAAUGAAAUUUCAAAAUGUAUCAGAAUUGAAUAAUUUUAACUACAGCUUAAACCUUAAGUUUUAGAUACAGAGUGUGUUUGUGAAAGUUGUUGAUUUUCACAUGUUGCAAC